CUAGGCGUUGCCAUCAGUGAGUGAGGGUGUGGUGCUUUUUGUGCCGAAUGGCGUGGUAACCAUUGGGAAUUUAUCGCUUUUUAUCGGAUCUUUUAAAAAAGAAUGGGGUGUGGCCAACACUCUGGACGAUGUUUCCUUCUAACAGUAUGCAUUCUCCAAAUUAUCUCGACGGCAGAGCGGCAAGUGUUCGACUUCCUGGGGUACAUGUGGCUCCCCAUCAUCGCAAACUUCUUCAAUUUCAUCUUUGUGAUAUUCGGCUUUUUCGGCGCUUACCAAUACAAACCCAAGUAUAUUAUCAUUUACCUAGUAUGGCAGCUGAUAUGGGUCGGAUGGAAUACAUUCGUCAUCUGCUUCUAUCUGAAUAUUGGCAUUCUCGACAACAGCAAAGACUGGCUCAACUUUGGAACUGGGAGUGCUUCAUGGUGGGAGGUGAAUGGGAUUGGAUGUCAAGCAGUGUAUACAACUAACCUGACAAACCUAGACCCCCUACGACCAAUGCGACCCUUAGAGGUCAAUAACUGCCUCGUUGAUUAUAUUUACGUGGAAACUAUUCACGCUGGUAUCCAGUGUGCUUUUGCGACAUUUGGAUUGUGUGUGUCCAUUUACCUUAUAAAGAUCUUCUCCGAAGAGGACGACAGCUGCAAAGCUAAGAGUAGACCGACAUCAAUUUACUCUGUUGAAUACAGUCCCCAACGAGAGGGUAGCGAGUCGCCAGAUUUGGGCCUCGAUGACAGCCCUUACCAGCAGCCUAUGACACCUCGGCGAGUCAAGCGUCAGAGUCGCCACCGAGCCUCAGGCCGUUCACAAACUCGUAGUACUCAGGGGCGGUCAUCACAACGAUCCAGACGUCAUCAAUAUCUCAAUCCCGUAAACAGGCUUAUGGAUAAGGCAAAUGAGUCCUCCACUAGUACAGACUCUUACCAUCCUCCCAAUGGUACUAGGCCGCCUACUGGAGGACGACAAGGGCACUCUAAUCCUAUGUAUGUCCACUCCAGACCAAACUCGACGUAUUCCAUGAACAGUUCUCCCCCUGGGCAUGACCCUAUGGAGCGGCCUCCAUCUGUUCACUCUUCUUAUUCAAACUACCAUGGCCAGCGGCCUUCAAUAAACCCAAACCCAUAUGGUCGGCCACCUGUCCAGGCCAUAACUGCAGGUAUGAUGGGUGGGACUCAUCAGCGGCGGUCAAUGAUGCAUGCUAAUGGUCACACCAACAGUCAUAUCCCUCCGGGGCCAACUAGCACUUUAGGGUCCGUCCGAAGCUCUGUGUACAGUAAUAAUGGGACUAUAAAGGCUGAACGAGAGAGACCUCCACCAUAUAUGUUUGGUGUGAAUUCUGAAACUGUAAUAUGACAAGACAAAGGACGACAGCAGUGAGUCAGGUUAACUACGCACUGUGAAAUGCUUUUUUCUUAAAUGUUUUAUGAAUGUCCUUGGCCCAGAUUUUGAAAAGAGCUCGUGCAGUAAUGAAAACUUUACAGUUCACUUUUUAUAUACCUCUUUCACCAUAAUACUGCAUUUUGAAAUGGCUGUAGUCUGUUAAUCUGUUAAGAGGUGCAGAUUUGUGAAUUUGGGCCUUUGUCUGUGAUCUUCCAAAGAUUGUAUAUUGUGAAUACAUCGUAUUUUUAUCUAACAUUUGCUCACAUGCAUACUUUAUCAAUUUUCUACUACUUUAUUGCAUUAUCCAAGCUUAUUGCACAAGUAGGUUACUACUGCACUUUCUUCACAAGAUAACCAAAUGUCAUUAAUUACUAGGAAAAAAUGCUUAGUAUAGGUUUUACUUGUAAUGUAUACUGUCAUUCUAGUGUGUCAGCAGCCACUGCCAUUCAUCACUGCCUAUUUUAUAGAAGACAAGUUUAUCUUAGUCCACUACAUAUUAUUUAUAAAUAUUGUUUUUAAUUGGUUUGUUAUUAAACAAGCUAAAAUAUUGGCUAAUUAGCAUUUGUGAUGUAGUAAUCAUCUUCUCAUUAUUAUACUUUCCUGCCAGACUUGAGCCAAACUCAAAGAUGUUUUAUUGUAUUGAAUCUACAUUUGAAUCAAAAUUCUCUAGUAGAUAGACUUAAGAUUAAUUUAGUGUAAUUUAAUAUACAUGAUCUUUAUACUUGGAAACUUGUCCUCUGUUUUGCCGUCAGCAUCUUGAUAAUCCACCUUCAUGUUAGUGAUAGUUGUCAGUUAUUCAAAACUUUAGAACUGUACAGCUGUGUUUUCAUCAUGGCAUUUAUAAAGGUAUAUUAUCACAACGGCCAAUCGAAUUAACAAUGCCGUAAUGCAAACUGCUGAUGACAAACCACUUGGGCUAGUUCUAAAUAUACUCAAUGCAAAUAACAAGAAACUGAUGUUAGUAAAAUAUUGAAAAUAGUUUGGGUACCAACAAGUCCUCUUUCCUGUCAAUCUGAUCUGUAACUGCAUCUGAAGCCAGCACCAAUGGACACCCAAACUGUUCUUAAAAUGGAUUUUAUAUUAACAAAAAAACUUAGCUAUGGGAUAGUGACUUAAAGGAGGAAUUAGAGAACUGUACUUGAAACCUAUUUACCAUAAUGGUUUUGGAACAAUCAGGGUCACUGAGAAAUCAGUCUAAAGAACUUCCCCCAAAGAUUUCAACUUUGGGGACGUUCUUAACUUUGGGGUGCAACUUUCUUAACUAGAGGCACACUUUGAAGGACACUUGUGUGUCCUUGAACUUGAACAGGCCAUCCCUGCUGACGAGGUCGAAGGCCUGCGUCAGAUCUAUGAAGGCUACAAAGAGUGGCUACUUCUGAAUUUAAUAUUAUCAUUAUUGUACAGAAUUGUACACUGGAUAGAAAUGUAUGACAAUAUUAUACUGUGUUUUAUCUUAGUAACAGUAUUAAUGAAAUGGUUAUUGUAUCAAUAGUUAUUUAACAUUGUUUAUUUUUGUCAGUUGUGAUCAUAAGGAAUGCUGUACACCUACUGGUACCUUUGACACUGGGCUCUUUAGCUCAUUCAGAAGACUUAAAUUUAAAUUCUUGGUGGUUAAAAAUCAGAUACUGUCAUAGAAUUGUUUAACUUUUUGUUUAUUACACUCCUGAUUUAAUUGAGCUUAUAAACACAAACCCAACUUUGCUGUGUUUUUAUGGUCAUUUGACAUGUUUUUGUCAAUAGAAUUGGUAAAGUUUGGCGUGCGUGUGUUACAGUAUGAAGAAUUUGAUCUUUGGCAGACAAUUUCUCUUGGAUACUUGAAUAUUAAAUAUAAUUUCUUGAAUUGAGAUUAUUUUUUAGUAAAACUUGCAAUUAUAUGUGCAUAUAUUUAUUUUAUUUUGUAUCUUUUUAUUACCGUUUCUCAUUUUGAGGGAUUGUUAGGCAUUAGCCAGGAGGAAACUGGUCUCUUUUUAAGAACAAGAACUGAUUAACUUUCAUCAUGUAAACAGUAUCAAAAGCAGCACAGGUGCCAUAAAAUGUACACAGUAGCAUCCCAUUGCUUCAUAAAACCAUGUGUAAAGGGCUUCCUGUGAGUUGGCAUGAGUGUUUUAUAUCUUUAAUUUCACUUGGCUUUAUUCUCUACCACUUUUCACACUUGCUCCCCACUUAUACUUGUCAUGUAUUCCCAGGUUCUGGGUUUUCCUCUUGGAUUUAUUCUCCAUUUUAUCAAUUUAUUACCAGACAAUCUCGAAACCUUUCACACAAUCUUGCAAUUUACUAACUCUGCUGUGGAAGGCUGUGUAGUGAAUUUCAAUUACUUGUCCAUCCUUCAACCACCACAAAUGCAUAUUGGAUUAUCCAUUUCUACUGCUCUUAAUGUUGAUUUCUCACUACAGUUAUACCAGUACCUACAUGUGUACACAAGGGGUCAGCCUACCAUUCCUUCAUACAGGCCUCUGGCAGCAUCUCUUCCCAUUUUAUUCUACCUAACCAAGGAUUGGAUUGCACCAGAGACUUUUCUUCCCCAACUUGUUCUACUCUUUAACUUGUACAAUUUUCUUUUCCUGAUUAGACAAAAUACAUUAAAAUUACUAAGCCACUUCUAGAACUUUUUAUAGCAUGUAAAAUCUCUCUCCUCCACCAUCCCAAUUUUUCUUCAAUUUUAGUAAUCUUGCAUAGUGAAUAUAACUUUUAGCUGAAAUGCAUACUUUAUAUUUCUCAUUUUCUGAAAGAACCAAAUUGUAUAUAUGAAAUGUGGUAUAUAUGUGGUACUCCAUUUACUGCUAUCAUGUAUUUGACCUAAGACUAAUAAUUAUGGUCCAGUAUAUAAAAUUUGAUGAAUGCAGACACAUAUUUCUUGGUUAGAACUGUUUUUGCAGUUUAGUUUAACAGUUUAUUAUGAGAAGAUUGUUCAAGGCCUAUAUUGACAAGGAAAUAAGGUGGUGUCGAGAAGAAAAUUGUGUGAAACGGGUGUGAAUGAUGAUGACUAGAUGGCAUAAAUUGGCAUAAUACCUAGGCUAUGUGAUGUAAGUGGAAUUUGUGCAAUCAAAAUUGAGAGUAGGAUCAGCCAGGGUAAAGAAAGUAGCUGGUGCUAAUAAAGCUGUGGUUAAAAAAAAAAAAAAAAAAUCAGAGGGUUGUAUAGAGUUAGUGCAGACACUUGUGAACAAAUGUAAGUUAAGGGUUGGGUAGUGAAAGCAGAUAGAGAACACCCCCCCCCUGGAGUAGUUUUUGGGGAACGGGUAUAUUUAUUCCUUUAUCAUGAGAGAUGCAGAGUGCAAGAGUUGAACUGAAAGAUUGGAGAGCAUGUAGAGAUAGUUUGGGCAUGUUGAAUAGAUGGCAGACUAAUGGAGAGUGUAUUUGAGGGUACGAGGAAAGACAAGAUGAUGGGAGCACUUGUUGAGGAAGUGGGGAGUAUGAACAUUUACACAGGAUAUGGUAAGGAACAAGGCUAGGUGUAAGGAGGGAGUGAAUGUAUUUAAUACUGAAUGACAAUUCACAUGGAGCACCAUAUAACUGGUCUUGUGCAGUGGUGGCUGAAGUUGCGAUAUACUAGACAUGGAUAAACAAGCACAUAUAUGAUCAUGAAUUUAAAAUUAAAUUUUCUUUUUAAAAUCAAACUUUUUUCUUCAGGCUUAUUUAUGCCUUCCUGUUCCAUAAAUGUGGGAAACGGUAACAGACUGAAUUAAAAAUGUGUAUUCAACUAGCAAGUCAUAAAGCAGGAUUAGCCAAGAAUAGUGUUCAUACAGGCUGUACUCCAAAAAUUAUAGUAUCUAAUUUUCUACAACAAAUGGAAUGUAGAAGAUGUGGCCUUUUGCACACCCCUUAAAUCAUUCUGUACUAAUUUUGUAGAGGGUGAAAAAGAAAGAACCAAAGUACAUGGUUGUACUAAAUUAGACAGAGGACAGGUUGUUUAAUUUCAUGGUUUUAGAAUUUUAGUAACACACAUUUUACUUUUGGGUACAAUUUCAUAUAUUGUACUAUCCAUCCAUAGUAGCUAUUAAGAUGUAUCUGGAGGAUGGGUUGACAUGACCAGGAUAGUGUGCAAAUAAGAAAGAAUCCAGGGUUUGUAAUAAAAUACUUUUUCUUGUCAAAUAGACUAACAUUAACUUCAGUUAUGUGCAUACAAGACCAUCACCUAAUACAAUAUGAUGUCUUCCUUCCAGGUGGAGGGAUAAAAGAAUUGGUUAUCCUUGCAUAUUUGUUCAAAUACUGUACUUGAUUAGAAAUUUAUUUUAAAAAUUAUAGGAACUUAUUACCAUACACACUUUAUUGCGAUAGUUGUUCACUAUCCAUUGGAAGGUUAUGUAAAUAUUUAAUUCAUACAUAAAAUGUAAAGUACAUUUGACUAGAGAGUAGUGUCAUGUGAAGUAGUUUGAAAAGUCCUGUAUAUGACUAAUGAAUUUCUGUAAUGUCAAACUAAGAGCAGUUCAUGAAUAUUUAAUUGAUGAAUUUAGUUCUGUGCAUUUUGAAAGACCACAAAUUUCACCAGUCUGCAAGGGAUCGAUGCAUAAAGUUGUAACCUGUAUUUAUAUGUAUUUGUGAAGCUAAACUUUAUUCAUGACUUUAUUGCAUGUAUAUUCUGUAAUGUUUGGUUUUGAUUGAUGCCAAAUGUUUUAUGAUCUCAUUUAUUGUGAAGAAUAGAUUAGGAUACAGUCAGGUUUUUUCCAACGUAAUUGUUACGUCUAGAUUCACCUAUGCACGUUAUUUGCAACAUGUAAAUAUGUAUGAUAUGUACAGUUGUGUAUAUUUGUGUAAAUAUAACUAUAGGCUAAUGAAAAUAAAACUACAGUUACUGUUUA